UUAGGCCAUUAAAUUCAUCACCACACAAAAUCACUCAAACCGCCAUGCAUGUCCCCUUAAUUAGCAACCUUCAUUAAUCUCUUCCCUGCCUUCGCGCCACACCGCUGCCGGAACUUAAAACGGAACGGAGCCAUGCCGCCUCCUCACCGCCGCAACGUCCCCAGAUCAUACCAGCCCAAGAAAUCCUCGACGAGUUGCUGCUGCAAAUGCUUAUGCUGCUGCUGCUGCUUCCUCCUCAUCUUCGUCCUCGUCCUGGGCGGCCUGGCUUUCUACGUCUACUCCGUUUACAAGCCCAAGAUGCCGACCUACACAGUGGAGGGUCUGGACGUGAAGAACUUCGACGUCCAGGACGAUUUUAGCCUCAAGACGGUGUUCCUCGUCAGCGUGAAGGCCGAAAACCCUAACGCCCAUCUCGGAUUCAUUUACGGCAAGCACAGCUCCGUCGUCGUGACGUACACCGACUCCGUUCUCUCCUCCGGCGAGCUGCCCAAUUUCCACCAGGAGCCGUUGAAUACGACGGUGAUGAAGAUCGAGAUGCGGGGGGUGAGCGAGUUCGGGUCGGGUCUCCAGGACGCGUUUGAAGAGAACAAAAAAACGGGGAGAAUACCGCUGCUCGUGAAGGUCAAGGCGCCGGUCAACGUCGUGAUGGGGAAGGUGGAAUCCAGGGAAUUCAUCGUUUAUGUCAACUGUUCUCUCGUCGUUGACAAUCUCCAGCCGGGGAAGAAGGUCGGCAUCGUUAAAACCGGCUACAGCUUUGAUGUUCAAUUCUAAUUAAUCACAUCCCUGCCUGUUAGUUAGUUUCUCGUUAAUUGGUUGAACUUUAUUGAAGAAACUAAGGAUUCUCAAGCUACAUACGUUAUUUCCUAAUUAAUUAAUACGAAUACCCCCAUACUAUAUAUACAUGUCCAUUAUGCAGAUUUAGUACAUAACAUUAAUUACGAAUCGGAGUAAUAUAUAAA